ACUGGACCGGCAGGAGCCAGGCUAAAGGCGACAGUCAGCGGCGAGGUCUCGGCUAGUGCGCGUCCGGGCGGUCCCGCUGCCGAGAGGAGGAGCUAUGGCCUCCCUUUCAGUCAGUUAUUGCAAGUUCCACACUGCUAGUGAUAUCCUAAGAGAAAAUGGGAAAAGGCUGUAAGGUUGUGGUUUGUGGCUUGCUCUCUGUGGGGAAAACGGCAAUUUUGGAGCAGCUUCUUUAUGGGAAUCACACUAUUGGAAUGGAAGACUGUGAAACAAUGGAGGAUGUGUAUAUGGCUUCAGUGGAAACGGAUCGGGGGGUAAAGGAACAGUUACAUCUCUAUGACACCAGAGGCCUACAGGAAGGCGUGGAGCUGCCGAAGCAUUAUUUUUCAUUUGCUGAUGGCUUUGUUCUUGUGUACAGUGUGAAUAACCUUGAAUCCUUUCAAAGAGUGGAGCUUCUGAAGAAAGAAAUUGACAAGUUCAAAGACAAAAAAGAGGUGGCAAUUGUUGUAUUAGGAAACAAAAUUGACCUUUCUGAGCAGAGACAAGUGGAUGCUGAAGUGGCCCAGCAAUGGGCAAAGAGUGAGAAAGUGCGACUGUGGGAGGUGACGGUUACAGAUCGGAGGACUCUGAUUGAACCGUUCACUCUGUUAGCCAGCAAACUCUCCCAGCCCCAGAGCAAGUCCAGCUUCCCUUUGCCUGGGCGGAAAAACAAAGGCAACUCUAGCUCUGAGAACUAAAAAUUGAUGAUGCCACAACUGUUGGUUGUAUACUGACUGUCUUUGGGUGUCCGUGAACAUAUUUAACAUAGGUCAUUUGUAUCUACCUGUGGUCCUUAGGAAAUAUCCCAAGGAAGUAAUUAAUGCACUUUCAGUUAUAAUGAAGUUAGUGGGGUGAAGUUAUUACUGCCUGAUAUGAAGUAAUAUAUUUACGUUCUCAUUGUUUAAAACUUGUCCCUGAAAUUAGCACCUUAUUUAUAAUUAUGUUGCACUUGUCAAAAGAAUAAAAUAAAGUUUGAGUAGUAUGCAAAUAU